UUCCUCGUCGGUGCCCAAGGAGGACGUGUUAUUAUCCUCUUUAUUAUAAAUAUUAAUAGUUAUUAUAAAACCACGCCCUUUUUUUGGGAACUUUUUUUUUAAUGGACACGUGUUUCUAUGAGGACACACCCUUGUCUUCAGUGAGAGGAAGCCCGCAACGACACCCCCUUUUUUUGGACACGUCAGGACACCAGGACACGCCCCAAAGCAAGACCUCAGGGGCCACUCCACGAGCGGGACGAAUGCCGUAGGAAAUUUAAUAGAUAACAAUGAGUUGUGGUGCGUGAACAUGACAGCCUUGUAUGCAUGGGGUGCCAAUAGCCACGGGCAGUUAGGCCUGGGCUAUGUCAGUGAGCAGGUGACUCAACCUACACGAGUAGAUGACCUACCAGACAACAUAAGUGAACCUUCAAUAUGUACAGCAGUUGGUGGGGGAGGUCACACCUUCCUGUUGACAGCUCAGGGACGACUCUUUGGCGCUGGAUGGAACACCAGUGGGCAGGUCGGAGAUGGGACACAAGUACGUGCAGUUGCAGGAUUCCAGCUCAUACGAGGCCUGGAGGGUCAUCACAUGGUUGCUGUGGCUUGCGGCUGGGCCCACUCCAUUGCCCUCAGUAGAUCUGGCCAAGUGUGGGUGUGGGGCUCAAACAGUCAUGGCCAACUUGGGCUACCAAAGGAUGAGGUGCCUUUUACAAGCCUUCCAAUUUGCUUGGACCUAACGAAUGUGGUGAGCGUGUCAGCUGGCCUGCGCCACACAGCAGUUGCUACGAGGGAUGGGAGAGUGUACACUUGGGGCCAAGGUCACCGGGGCCAGCUAGGUCAUAUUGACAGUGAAGGCCAGAUGGUUAAACUGCAGCCAACGCCAAGGGUUGUGGAUCACAUGGAAGGAAAGGUUUCAUGUGUAGCCUGUGGUCAGAAUACUACCUAUGGGUUGACUACGGAGGGACAUGUCCUAGCAUGGGGUGACAACAAGUGGGGGCAACUUGCUCAUGAUCCUAGGAAUGUUGCCUACUUCACCUGCCCACUGACCAUCCCUCAUAACUACUUUGGUGGGGAGCGUGUGGUUUGGCUGCGGGUGGGCUGGACCCACUGUGUUGUGGGUGUUGCCUCGGGUGCUGUCUAUGUGUGGGGCAGAGCAGACUAUGGGCAGCUUGGCCCCUUGGAAGAUGAGCAACAAGACUCCAGCUCAGACACGACCGGUAAUGAAGUUCCUCAGAAGCGUUGCAGAUAUAUACCAAGCUGCUUAAGGUUCAAGAAGCGUGUGAAAGGAGUAGCAUGUGGUUCAGAACACAACCUAGCUAUGAUUGAAGGACCUGGGGAUAGCAUCUCCCUCUUCACUUGGGGUUGGAAUGAACAUGGAAAUUGCGGAGAUGGAACAACAACUAAUGCCCUGCGCCCUGCAAAGAUUCAGGUGCCUGGGAAUCUGCAGGUUAUUGGGGCUGGGUCAGGACAUUCUUUUGCCCUUGUUAAACUUUUUUGACAUUGCUGAAUGUAAGAAAGAUAGAUGCUUGUAUUUUUAAAAUGUUUGGAGGCAAGAUUACUUUUUAUCAACAACAAAAGUUGAGCCUAGUAGAAGCAGACCAAAUAUAAGAAAGUUGUAGUAGGAAAGAAUAAGUGCUUCUACACACUGAAAACCCACAGUUUAUAAUGUCUUCUCUGUGUGAUGAAAUAUAUUUAGUUUUUAUUAUUAAGGAACGAGUGUGCAAAAUCCCAGUGCAAAAGUGUAUCUUUCCUUGAAGAAAAUAGAAAUAAUGAAAAGGACAGAGAAAGAGUAAUAUCCACUUACUGAAAGAGUUUCAAGGAAAGCCUGAGAAGCAAAAAACUUAUUUGGAAUACCAAUAUUAUAAGAGAUUUAGUGGAUUAUAAGAGAUAUAUUGCAGCUUUACAGUUAACUUUACCAGGCAGACUCCAAAUAGCAAAUAAGGUUUAUGUUGCUUUACAACAUGUAUUUGAUUAGUGAGUGAAAAAUACAAGACUGCUUUAUGCAUUUUAUAAAACCUUUAAGAAUGUACUCCUGAAAUGAAUGACAAUCAACAACAUACCCAUCAUCAGUCUAACAGAUAAUUUGUACUUUUUUUUAAUAGAAACAUCAAUAGUGCUGCUGUUUACAACCUAGUUCCAGUAAUGUAGUUGCAGAGAUUUAAGAAACUUUACAGUGAAAUAAAUGCACCAAAGUUAUUAAAGCCUUGUCAGCCAUGAGUCUUUCCAUAUGAUAUAGAGAAACAGUAAGUGAUGUGUAGUAACAUGAUUUGGUUGAAAAUACUUUUAUUGUUGUUACAGUCAUUCUCUAAUUUUUAAAAGGAACCAUCUCUCCUCUUAAUAGAAGUCUUUGUAAGGAGAUAAUUGUUGUUAUUAAGCAGCUUCUAGCUAUCGACAAGAGUUUGAGAUAAUCUGAUGCUUCUGGUUUUUAGUUGGCUUGUGCAGUGUGCAUUGCUGUUUUUUAUACAUAUAUAUUCUAGUAUCCCAAAAAGUGCUUUAUGAAAGAGCCAAAUAUCUGAUAUUUUGUAUUUUGGAAUAGUUUUCAAAUUUGUUACUUUUUUAUAAUUUUUGAAGCUCACACAUUUGGAUGGCAAAAAGGGACAAAAAGCUAAUAUUGCAAAAUUAUAUGUGUAACAAGAAAUGAGAUCUUAAGUUAAAAAAAAAAAAAAAAUCUUUUAAAAGUUUGGGGGUUUCAUAACAUGCUGCCUAGGGACUUCUGAGUGAGUGCUCAAACAACAUUUGUAUUUGAUUCAGAGUGUUCACUGUGAAUGGUCCUUGCACUGUAAUUCUAAUGAUUUUGAUAAGUUAGUAAUUUCAAAUCAGUCUUACCUGUCUUUGAUAAUGAAGAUAAGUUAAUGUAAUUUAGACAAUCAAAAGCUGUUGUUUUCAGACCAUGUAAACUCCACACAUAUGAAUCAAGUGGUUUACUCAAAAUAUCAGGAGAGGAAAAGAAAAUUAUAAGACUUUGUAGCUUCAGAUAGUAGUGCUGUUAAAUACUGAUGCAUGUACUCAGGUUUUAAUGACUUUCAUGGUCAUGCUUAAAAUGAACAUUUUUCAACACUGAUACAUUAUGUGUAUUGUUCAUAGGAACAUCUUUUUUAUUAUUUGAUUGUAAACUCACUAGCAGU